AUGGACCGUCGGACAGACAUGGAUCGACGAUUAGAGACAGAACGUCGAACUUCAGAAAUAUCCAAUACCAAGACAGAAAAACGUGAUGUUUGUAAAGCGGAACAGUUUCGACAGAAACGGAGAUGUAAAAGCAUAUCAGCGCCAUCAGUCAACGAGAUAGCCGAGUUAGAGGAAAACUUGAAGAAGAUCGACGGCAUAUAUAGCCCGUCCGGUUUAGGCAAGACCACAUCUAUUGUGUUCACCCUCCAAAACCAGGUGGGAUGCCUGAUCAAGGCACUGCGAAUAUUCCAGGAAAACCAUAUCAACGUUGUACAUAUAGAAUCGCGGAAAUCAAAGCGCAGUGAUUCCGAGUUUGACAUUUAUGUGGAUUUGGAAACAGAUAACAUUCGUCUGGAGGAAUUAAUCAAACGUCUAAAACAAGAGGUUGCCAGUAUCAGCUACAACGACUUGCCUGUACCCCCUUCUCCUGCACCGUCUUUACGACUACCCCCUUCAGCGGAAGACCUACUCCUUGAUGCACCAUGGUUUCCCAGGAAGAUUUCUGAUCUAGACCAUUCAGCCAAUCGUGUCCUCAUGUACGGUAUUGAAUUGGAUGCUGACCACCCGGGUUUUAAAGACAAAGUGUAUAGACAAAGGCGGAAGUACUUUGCCGAUAUUGCUAUGGCUUACAAAUAUGGCAAUCCUAUUCCCAGAGUAGAAUACACGACGGAGGAGGUUCGAACAUGGGGGACAGUAUUUUCAGAGCUGAUGAAGUUAUAUCCAUCCCAUGCAUGUAGAGAAUAUUUACGAAACCUGCCUCUACUCAUCGACCACUGCGGAUACAGAGAAAACAAUUUACCACAACUAGAGGAUGUAUCAGAGUUCCUUAAAGAACGAACUGGUUUCCAACUCCGACCUGUUGCGGGAUAUCUAUCAUCGCGGGACUUUCUGGCAGGACUUGCAUUCCGUGUAUUCCAUUGCACACAAUACAUCCGUCAUAGAUCAGACCCGUUCUACACACCGGAACCUGACUGUUGUCACGAGUUACUAGGCCACAUGCCCCUUCUAGCUGAUCCCAGCUUCGCACAGUUCUCACAGGAACUUGGAUUGGCUUCGCUGGGGGUCUCUGACGAGGAAGUACAGAAAUUAGCGACGUGCUACUUUUUCACGGUUGAGUUUGGGCUGUGUAAGCAGGACGGAAACCUGAGGGCAUACGGUGCAGGCCUACUCUCAUCUAUUGGGGAGUUAAAGCAUGCAUUGACGAGUAAAACCGAGAAGAUACCAUUCGAACCGACCCGUACAUGUCGUCAGGAGUGUUUGAUUACAACGUUCCAGGACGUGUAUUUCUUCACCGACAGCUUUGAAGAAGCAAAAGAUAGAAUGAGACAAUUCGCUUGCACCAUCAAGCGUCCGUUCGCCGUACGGUACAACCCCUAUACACAGACAGUGGACGUCCUUAACAACACGCGCUGUAUCGCCUAUGCCGUCAGCGAGCUCAGGGGUGACCUUUGCAUUGUCUCCGAUGCGCUCCGUCGACUUCAGCAACUCGAGGUUGCUAUGGAUGAACAAGAGGAGGCCGAAAGAUUGGAAAUGGAAGGGGAGACACAACGAUGA